UGUUUAGUUCGCUCGCAGCAUUCGUGGAGUUCAGACGCGUGUUAGUGCUUUGGAGUGCGGGUUUCGCGCCGGUUUGUUUGCGGAGUUUUAACCGCAUCCAUCAGCAGCAGCUCCUCUUUGAUCCAUACCAUAUCCACGGGAGGGAUGCACUCGUGUUCGCGUUCGGGCAGAUGAAUUAAUUGUGGAAAAUUGUUAAAUUCCAGCUCGUUGAAGCGACCACAAAUCCAAUUAAGCAUAUACACCAUCUGCGGAGAGUUUGUGCAUAAUUGAGUAAUUAAGUUUUCAUAGAAAAGGGUUUUUUGACACCGCACACGCCAAAGUAACUUGGGUGAAAAGAGCAGCGGCAUCAAAAUUGAUUGCUUUCACAUGGACACGAAUUCGGUGAGCCCGCUGCCGCCGAUGGAGGAGGCCAUGGACAGGGUCAGUGAGAAGUCGCCCCCGGGAACACCCAAUGGCAUCGAGAUGCCCCCGCCGCCAGACGAAAAACGCUAUGAGGAGGAUCCGGACAAUGCCUGGAACUGCUGCUCCUGGUGCGAGUACUUGCUGAUCGUCAUCCUGUCCACCAUCCUGCUGGUGGGCGUCCUGGUGCUGACCCUCUUCUGGGUGAUGUUCUACCGCGAUGGCUUCGCCUGGUCGGAGAGUCCCAAGCAGCAGUUCAACCUGCAUCCCAUCCUGAUGAUUGCCGGUUUCGUGACGCUAUCCGGAUUUUCCAUCUUAAUCUAUCGACUGUGCCGAUGCGUGAAGCACAUCUAUGUGAAGCUGAUCCACAUGUUCUUCCACGCCGUGGCCAUUCCGUGCAUCGCCCUCGGCUUCCUCUCCGUGUUCGACUCCCACGAGGCGUUGCAAAAGGUCAACUUCUAUAGCCUCCACUCGUGGCUGGGUUUUGUGACAAUGGGCAUGUUCGUGCUCCAGUUUGUGAUUGGCUUCUUCAGCUUUCUGGUGAUGUUGUGCUGUGAGAACAAGACCUAUAGCUGCCGCUCCGCCAUGGUACCCAUCCACGCCAGCUUGGGCCUGGCCAACUUCUGGCUGGCCAUUGCCACAUCCGUCACGGGUCUGAUCGAGAAGGAGCGCGAAACCGUCAACGAGACGGGCGUAAGCUCGGAGAACAAGCUCAUCGAGCACUAUAUCACCAGUGCCAUCGGCGUCACCCUGAUCUUCAUCGGCAUCAUUGUGACGUUUGCGGUGCGGCGGUCCAAUGCGCCCGCCUCCGCGAAGGUUUACGUGACGGAGCGCAUUUAGACGGACCGCCCGGCUCGUCGGAGCCUCCGUCGCCGGAUUCGGUCCACGGCCAGGACGGGAAGCGAGUGGCAGCAGGUGUAUCCGAGGAUCGGGAGGGGCGUGUCAGGGACGGAGCCCGGGCACUUGGCCUUGGGGAGGCGAAUCCACGUGGCCCUUUCGCCAGGCUUUGCGCACAGAGAGCACGCUUCUGCAUCUCUAACCGAACCCUUUGUAACCUUUUAUAUGCCAAAUUAAAUCCUCUUCAUACACUUAGACUACUCCGCAUACGGCGCUUAUCCAAAAUCUUUACUCCCUUUUAACCCCUCCGUAGAUGUGUAGGAUUAGGAAUCUCAGAAAAGAGCCGACCAAGCAAGCAAAUCUAAUCAAAAUUAAAGUGUUCAGCCGAACUUACUGAUGCAUUCAGCAUUCAGCACCCACAAGCAUGAUUAGCCAGUUUUUUGGUACUAUACUACUAUAGUAGAAUUUUGAUAUAAGCCCAUGUAACUAGUGUAUGUAGCGUACCACGUAACGCAUUAAACGUAUGCACUCGGACUCAAAACUGUCGCAUUUGAUGUUUAUUUUGUAAUCGUGCAAGUAUUUGUAUUUCAUAAUGCGUAAGCUGUAAAACAAUUUUACAUACAAAUAAUAAACGAUACUUUUGGCCUGUCUCAAGGGUCUCAUAAUA